AGUUACAUUGUAACGCGCUUUUACGGUCAGUUUUGCGUUUGCACUGGACAUUCCUUUAGUAACGAUGAGAAAUAUAACCUGGUACUUUUGACUGGCUACGACCUGAUGCUACUUGCUCAUCUCGAGGUUGGUUCUGAUUUAAUUAGCAUGUAGCUUACCUGUGCCUCGAGUUGGGUGAGGUCAAGGGAUCUAUGAGGCGCUGAGACAGAAAAAGCAUGAACAUCACAUGGGGUAGGAAUAUUGGGCGAUGAACGUGUACACUUUGUACAUCGGAUAUCUAGACAGUGCUGAAUUUACUGCUAUCGUCUUGAUGUAAGUUAUGUUCAACGCGUAGGUUGUGCUGCCACCCGGCCUGUGGUCUCAUGGUUUGCCAAUUGUUAUGAAGUACCCUACAAUGAGUGUGCAGUGUGGCAGCACCUCAAAGGCUGUGCCUUUGAAUAACACUGGUAAUAGCAGUGAAGAGGACAGUGAUGAAGAUGCUCAACGAGAGGUCCUGGCUGCUUCCCUCAACCGGCUCUCUAUUCUGGAGCGUCUUGGCCCAACCAGUGAUGAGAUGACUGAAGGGGAGGUGGAGAGUGCGUUCUCCCAGCUGACUCUGGCCUUCCGCUGUGACCAGUACACACUGAGCCAGCGUCUGCAGGCAGAGGAGCACGCUCGCAACAAGGCAGAGGAGAACCUGCAGCUGGAGCUGCAGAGGGGCAAAGAUGCGGUGGAGUUGCUGAAGGGAAUGUGUUUGGACAGCAAGCGCUAUAAAAUACUUCAGAAGCUGGAGUUUACGCUGGAUAUCCUGGGAGGAACCGUCGAGCAGGUGGCCAGAACGGCUGAGGUGCUGGGAGCUGCUCACCAGGAGGCCAAAGUGAGCCGCGCGGUGGAACUGAUGGUGGCCCACGUAGACAACCUGCGCCAGCGGCAUGACCGGCACUGUGCCGAGCUGGAGGAGACCAAGAAGCUGAUCAGCGCCAGUGUGCCCAUCGACCAGCCGCUGCCCGAGCUCAGAGAGGAAAUUGAAAUGCGCAUUAGGACCAACAAAGACAUAGGAAAGUAUAAUCUGCGACGCAGAAUCAGCUCUUCUGUUCUUACAAGGCAAUCCAGUAUAAUCCAGGAGAUCAAAAAAACGAAAGACAAAGAGAACCUGAAUGAAGAGCUGUCCGAGGAGGGGGUCACUAAACCACCAGUGACCCAGCCCCAGGGCUCUGAACCCAAGGCUGCCAGUACACCCAAGAUGGAGGACGAGGAGUGUGCAUCAGUGGCAGAGAGUUGUACGCAGCACGUUUCUCCAGUAGAGGGCAGCAUGGAGGUUGUUAUCACACAGACCUUGUCAAACGUCUCUCUCAGUGCGUGUCCAGGGCCCUCCACUGUCUCCAAUCAUGACGAGGUAAACCCACCGAUCCCCAACAGACCCCCCCAGAGGGGCCUAAGAAGGAGGCAAAGGAGCAAAGCCGAGCUGGAUGGGUUCUCGUCCAAAGGAAAAAGAGAAAGGCACGACUACAGUGACAGUGACACAAGUGACCCCAGCCUUUUCCCUCGCAUCUUUGUCAGACAGCGCCUCCUAGUGCACUGGCUGCGUCACUGCCGCUGGAUUCUCACCUGCGUCUACCUCACCAUCCUGGUAUCCAUUAUACUGCUAGCCAUUUUCUUCUGGUUCGUGCGAACGCCUGUUCUUUGGAUGUGAAAACACUUUUCACAGUUUACAAAACAACUCAGCUCAGGACAGAACUGUACUGGAAAGCAAUGACAUUUUUAUUCUUAUUGUUCUAACGCAUUAACACUUGACUUCCUCAGAUUUGCAAGAAAAAAAUCUUUAUAUUAUUUUUGUUAACUUUGGUGUCAAUUUUGGUGGCAAUGAUAGAAAAGAGU